AUGGCAAAUAGAGAAGAUUUUAGAUUGAAAUUUGCAGAAUUAGAUGGUUUAAGAGAUGAAAAUAAGAAAAAUUAAUCAAGAAUACAAAUAACAGAAAAUGAAAAAAUGAAAAAUUCCAAAACUAUAAUAAUGAAUUUAGAAGAUCAUACAAUAGGUAAUUUGAUAAGAAUGUAUUUAUUAAAAAGUAAAGAAGUUAAAUUUGCUGGAUAUAGGAUGCCCCAUCCUUUGGAAACAAAAGUAGAAAUUAAAGUAUAAACUGUAAAAGAUAACACUUGCGAAAUUCUAAUAAAUACUUUAGAUGGCCUUAUUAAAGAUAUUGACAUUAUAUAAUAUGAUUUUGAAAAGCAAGCAAAAUAAUAAUGGGAUAAGGCAUAUUGA